ACACUGUUGAUAUGGUGUAGACCUGUCAUAAACCGGUAUUGCGGAGACUGUGGGAAAAAUCAUUUGACGGAAGCAGCCUGAACGAAAACUCAGGGCACGCGGCUGUCUCGUAAGGCAAAUAACCUGAAGACAUCCUUUGUAAUCCUGGAGUGAUCAUCAUGGCUGACGAUACUGAAUGGUUGAAGUUGCCCACUGAUGACAAGUGUGUGCAUAAGGUGUGGAAGGCCCGAGUGGCUGGUUAUGAAGAAGCCACCAAACUGUUCCAAACCCAGACAGAUGAGAAGAGCCCAGAGUUCUCCAAAUACCUGGGCUUGGUGAAGAAGUUUGUCAUAGACAACAAUGCCAUUGCCCAAGAGAAGGCCUUGGAUGCUGUGCUUGCCUUUGUGGAGAAUGCAGGCCAAGCUGGGAAAACUUGCAGUGAAGUUGUGAGUGGUGUCAUAACAAAAUGUUUGAACUCCAGUCGAACCAAGACGAGAGAAAAAGGCCUGGAGAUUAUCAUGUUGUACAUAGAAAUAGACAAACCAGAGCCAGUUCAGGAAGAGCUACUUAAGGGCCUGGAGAAUAAACAGCCAAAGAUAGUUACUGGGUGUGUCCAGGCUCUACGAGAGGCUUUAGCAGGAUUUGGCACAAAAGUGAUCAAAGUGAAACCAAUCGUUAAGGUUCUGCCCAAGCUGCUCGAGGACAGGGACAAAAAUGUGAGAGAGGAGACAAAGUUAUUGAUCAUUGAAAUCUACCGGUGGAUCGGUGCUGCCAUCAAGCCACAGAUGACUCAUUAUAAACCAGUACAGGUUCAGGAGCUGGAGGCGGAGUUUGAGAAGCUGGGUAAUGAGCGUGCUGUACAGACGAGGUUCAUGAGGUCUCAGCAGGACCUGAGGGCCCAGAUGGAGGAGAAGGCGGCCGCGGCCACCGCAGACGGAGCAGGGGAUGCAGAUGGAGGAUCAGCACCUGUAGAAGAUGUGGACCCCUAUGAACUGAUGGACCCUGUGGAUAUUCUGUCCUUACUGCCCAAGGAUUUCUAUGAAAAAAUUGAGGCCAAAAAAUGGCAGGAAAGGCGAGAAGCAUUGGAAGCUCUGCAGAAGUUAGCAGAGACCCCGAAGCUACAAAAUGGAGACUACAGUACAUUAGUCAGAGCUGUGCUAAAGGUUAUUGCCAAGGACACCAAUGUAAUGCUUGUCACAAUAGCAGCCAAAUGCCUGGCUGGUCUUGCUUCUGGCUUACGAAAACGAUUCUCUCAGUUUGCCACCAGUAGUAUACAAACAAUCUUAGAAAAAUUCAAGGAGAAGAAGGCCACAGUUGUAGCCGCACUACGAGAAGCAAUAGAUGCUUGUUAUGGGUCGACAACACUGGAGCCUAUCUGUGAAGACAUCCUGGAAGCUUUGGAAAAUAAGAACCCAGCCAUCAAAGCAGAGACCUCACUGUUUUUGUCUCGCUGCUUUGCCAAGGCAACCACAGCUACACUUCCAAAAAAACUACUGAAAGCUUUUUGUGGAGAGCUUUGUAAGAAAAUUAACGACACUGCACCAGAAGUAAGAGAGGCGGCCUACGCAGCAUUAGGUACAGCCAUGAAGGUAGUGGGAGAGAAACCCCUGACCCCAUUCCUGGCAGAUGUGGACGGUAUUAAACUUGGAAAGAUAAAGGAACAGUGUGAGAGUGCAGUACUUCUGAAUGCUCGGGGAGAACCGCGAGGUGGUGCAGCUGCUGCUCCGGCUGCUAAACCUGCUGCACCUGCAAAGGAACCACCCCAAGCCAAAGCUGUUCAAAGGCCAGCAUCGAGAUCCACUUCUGCAAAGCCUGGGGGCCAGAAACCUGCAAACAGUAAACCUGGUGCAGCAGGCGCUGCAAAGAAAAAGGGCAAAAAAGAUAAAAAGAACACUGGAGAAGAAGUACAGGAAAACAUUUUAGCUGAUGAGGUGGUAGAGGACAAAGCAGCUGCUCUGUUACCUGCUGAGACCAUCACACAACUCGUCAGCAAUAACUGGAAGGAGAGACUGGCUGCCGUGGAGAAAUUCACACAGGUUGUGAAGGGAAUGAGUCGGGAUGAGAUUCCUGCACAGGUGUUUGUCCGUACAGUCUGUAAAAAACCUGGACUCAAGGACACCAAUUUCCAGGUGAACACUUCAUAUUGUGUUAAAGUGAGGCUAGAGUUGGUUGCCUUCCUGGCUAAGAACUCGGCCUUCUCCAAACGCUGUGCCUCUUUCUGCCUGGCAGAGUUAGUGGAUAAGGCAGGGGAUGUGAAGAAUGGAAAGGUAGCUCAGGCCCUCAGUUGUAUAGCAGAGGUUACAUCACUGGAAUUUGUGGCUGCUGAGGUGAUCCAUCUAGCGUUUGAGCAGAAGAACCCCAAGAAUCAGGCUGAAUGCCUCAACUGGCUUGCCACAGCAGUCAAGGAGUUCGGAUUCAAAAUUUCAGUGAAACCCAUGAUAGAAAACAUAAAGAAAGCCUUUGGAGCAACAAAUCCUGCGGUAAGAGCAGCGGCCUUGAACCUGCUAUCCACCCUCUACCUGUACAUGGGAGCCACCCUCAGGGUCUUCUUUGACGGGGAGAAGGCAGCUCUUCUACAACAGAUUGAUGCAGAAUUUGAGAAGCUGAAGGGAGAGAGACCACCGGAGCCUAUUCGGGGCCUGACCCCUAAAGGAGGAGAUGGGGGUGCUGAGGAGGAAGAGGAGGAGGAAGAGGAGCAGGAGGCCCCCAGUAUGGCAGAUCUCAUCCCCAGGACAGACAUUAGUGAUAAGAUCACAGAGGAGCUGCUGACAGAGAUGAGUGACAAGGCCUGGAAGAUCCGAGCCGAGGGGCUACAGAAGGUGGUCUCCAUCCUCAAUGAGGCCAAGUUUGUGUCAGCUAACAUUGGGCAGUUACCUGAGGCGCUGAAAACCAGGCUGGGUGACUCCAACAAAAUACUGGUGAACACGACCCUGGGCAUCUGUCAGAGCCUUGGCACAGCUCUAGGACCCCACUGUAAGGGCCACAUCAGGGUGGUGGGGCCAGGGAUGGUCACCUGUAUGGGAGACAGCAAGCCUCAGGUGCGUGCUGGUGCAGUCAAUGCUAUGAACAUCUGGGCAGAAAACUCCACACUCCUGCCCUUCGUGGAAGCGGAGAUUUUCAGCGAUGCAUUGAAGGUUGAAAAUCCAGCGUUACGAGCAGAGUUACUUGGCUGGCUGUCUGAGAAGUUGCCGCCCCACAAACAGUUACCUGUGGAGCUGAGGGCAUGUGUGCCCCAUGUGCUGGCAUGCCUGGAGGACAGGAAUGGAGAGGUGAGGAAGAAGGCUCAGGAGAGUCUGGUGCCAUUCAUGAUUCACACUGGCUAUGACAGCUUCCAGAAGGCCACCAGCAAGCUCAAGCCUGCAUCUAAAGACCAAAUCAUGGGUAUAAUAGAGAAAGCCCGUGCUAAUGUCCCUGCCAAGCCAUCAAAGAAAGCAGCUAGCAAACCUGCUCCCGUGGCAGCAGCCCCUCCCCCCAAACAGGAAGUGAGGGACGAGGAUGAUGAGGAAGUGGAGAGUAUCAACAACCCUGUCAGUAAACCCUCGGGUGCAUCCAAAGGCAAACCGAGGGGCAGUGUCUCAAAAACUAAGGCCCCACCCCCCAGCAGUAAAAAGAAGAAGGAGGAAGAAGAUUCAACACCAGCCAUUAUCAUCAAUGUGUCAAAAGAGCAGAGGUAUAAAGAGGAAAAGGCCCUAAAGACUCUAAAGUGGAAUUUCACAGAACCACGACUAGAGUUUGUCGAACAGCUCAAGUUGCAGAUGGAGCGUAACUUUAACAGACCUCUGAUGGCUCAACUAUUCCACGCUGACUUCAAACAGCAUAUCAAGGCUAUAGAGUCCCUGAUGAAGCUUCUUGAGACUGACAUGGAAGCAACUGCAGCCAAUCUGGACCUGCUGCUGCGCUGGAUGACCUUAAGAUUUUUUGACACAAACCCCAGCAUGUUGAACAAAGGUCUAGAGUACCUGAUCAUCUUGUUCACAGCCCUGGCUGAGAUGGACUACCGCAUGACCGACUCAGAGGCUGGAUCUUUUAUACCCUACCUAGUCAAUAAAGUAGGAGAUCCUAAAGACAAUGUCAGACGAGAAGUGAGGACGAUUUUCAAACUGAUCUGUAAAGUUUACCCAGCCAGCAAAAUGUUCAGCUUUAUCAUAGAUGGUCUUAAAGCCAAGAAUGCCAAGUUACGAACAGAAUGCCUAGAAGAGCUGGGAUGUCUGAUUGAGUAUUACGGAGUGAAUGUGUGUCAGCCGUCCCCAGCCCAGGCCCUGAAGCUCAUCGCUCAGCAGAUUGGGGACCGGGAUAACUGUGUGAGGUCGGCUGCGCUUAACUCCCUUGUGUCAGCAUACCAUAUCCUGGGGGAACAGAUCUACAAAUACAUCGGACAUUUGAAAGAUAAAGAUCAGAGCUUACUGGAGGAGAGAAUAAAGCGAUCAGCCAAGAACAAACCUGCUCCAACCCCACAGCCCGCCUUGUCUUCAAAGAGUAACCGCGAGCGACCAAAGAGUGGGCCCCCUCCUGCUGACAAGGUGGACAGUGUGAUGGCCCGAAUCCCAAAGUCAGCCUCCAGUCAGAAUGUCAGGAAGGGGCAGUUUUGUCUGGAGGUGGAGGAGGGGGACUUUCAGGCAGUGGAGGUGAAUCUAGUGGACCUCGACGAUGUUACCGAUAUUUUACAAGAAGAUGUUGAACUGCCAAAAACAAACAGACCCCGACCUUGUUCACCAUCUACAAAUGCAGCUCUGGGAGUUUCAAAUGAUGCUGCCUCAGCCAUUGGUCUAGUGAUUUCACAGAUUGCUAGUACAGACAAUAUGUCAUCAAUACAAGCCCUGGCACAGAUAGAUGAAGUGUUAAAGGACAAGGAGAAACGAGAGCUGAUGGUGAACCACAUAGACAAACUGUUGCUGACGUUAUCCAUGCAGCUCAAGAUGGUUUACUCCAAACACAUGGCUGACGAGAUGACACUCAAGGAGGAUGUGAUGAAACUCUACCGCUGCCUGCUGGGAACUGUUCUAGACGUCUUUCAACACAAGAAUCUAGCAAGACAAGCUUCGAAGGACAUCCUCAAAGACCUGUUAAGUAACUUAGUGCUCAACCUACUCGACUCCAGAUUAGAGGAUCUGACUGAUGGUACACAGGUGAUCAGGACUGUCAAUGUGACAAUCAUCAAGAUGGUGGGCAAAGCUGAUCCUACCACAAUCAUAGGAGCUGUGAUAAAACUUCUACACGAGUGUCUGGCGAGCGAGACCUGUUCCGUUAAGUUCAUAGAUAUUAUAACUAGGUGUUUAUGGAAAGCGAUAAAAAUGAUGCCAGAGUUUAUUGCGGAGAUUAACCUGGAUCGUUUGUUACUGGAUGCUCAUACCUUCCUCAAAGCCUACCCGUCUAGCUACUGGCGAGAAAGAUCAUCUGAUAUACCAUACAGGACAGUCAAAACUAUCAUCUAUACGGCCUACAAACUCGUGGGCAGUAAGCUGUUGAGCCACACUAGUCUGAUAGAGCAGAGCGACUCUGAGGUGAUCGCUUACAUCAACAGCCUGGCUAACAAAGAUGAUGCCCGUCCAUCCUCCUACAACUCCAAGAAGGAGCUUGUGAAUGGUUCUGUGGAGAACAAGUCAUCGUCCAAAGAGGGAAAGAGUUCAAGAAGACUUUCAAAGAGUACACAUGAAAUUCUGGUGGAAAUCUUUAGAAAAAUUGGGUCAAAGGAGAAAUGCAAAGAGGGACUCAAUGCACUUUAUGACUUCAAGAAGAAACACCCAGAGGCUGACCUUGACCCUUUUCUUAAGAAGUCUUCACAGUAUUUCCAGCAUUAUGUGGAGAGAGGCCUGAAGGCUAUAGAGCAGGAGAGAGAGGGCAAACAUCACCCAGGGAACGUCUUGGGAGAUUCCAACUCUGUGAUUGGCUCAACAGUGACUGCUGAGGAUGAUGACACAGGGAUGUAUUACCGUGAGAAAUUGCGCGCUCUGCGAGCCAGAUCUGGGCUGGACAAGGCUUCGGAGCAGCAAGAAAACAAUGAACCUUCUGACUCCUCACCCAGCAUACCUACGAAGAUUAGCCCUAUACAGAGCUUGACUUCCAUAGAAGUGUCUGAGCCCAAAACUGAAGAGAGUGAGGGGACUGGGGAGAGUGUGGGAAUGACUUCUGCCAACAUGCUGGAGUUGAAGAAGAGAUUAGACCGUAUCAAGAAAAUGGCCAAACAUUGACCAAAAUACACCGGAUUCAAAGCCUGGAAAGUUCAUGUGCAAAAAAGGAAGUGAACAAAUUUGAUGGACUUUUUAUGGGGGUUAGGAGAUUGAUUGAUUGAUUGGUUACAGCUGUCGGUAAUGGAUCGCUCAUCUCAAGCAUUCUUCCACAAGUCACUUUGUUUGUAAUUAAUGUACUUAUGCUUUUAAGGUCAUUUGUGCAUACUGUAUUAUGAUGUACAUGUAUGAAUAGUUUGAAUUGGAAUCACUUGUGGCUGUUCUCUGUUGUGAAAAUGUGGGCAGUCAGAUGUCAAUGUGUGUCUUCUGAUAGUAAAAGAAAAGUCCUCUAUAUACAAGUAAAUACGCGUCUUCUGAUGUGAAUACCUUCUUGUGUCUUUUGUUGUGAAUACCUUCAGGUGUCUUCUAAUGUGAAUACCUGCGUCUUUUGAUGUGAAUAUGUGUCUUUUGAUGUGAAUAUGUGUCUUCUGAUAUGUGUACCUGUGUCUUCUAAUCUAAAUACUUGGGUAAAAGUGCUGUGAAUAUCUUGAACACAUUGAUGUAAAUACCUCCAUGUACCUGUGCCACUUUAAUACGCUCUAAUGAAAAUACUGACAUUUUCAGGUCUUGAGGGAAAGCAUGUAUUCCAUGGAAAAUAAUGCAUUCUCUGGAGACAGUUUCACAUUUAAGCGCUAAGUUUUGUGAUGUGCAGUUACUCCUGUGCUCUCAUGCACAUGUUAGCUCUCAUGUGAAAUUCUGUUUUAUAACCCAGAUAAAAGAAAAAGAUACCAAUUGACUGACAUGUUGAUUGAUAGACGUGAAGUACUGUUUGACUCUGUACUCGCAUAAAUACUGCUAUUCACUGAUAUGGUUACAGGUGGGAAUUUGUCUGACUUACAUGUGUUUGUGAAUAUUUGAUAAUGUUAAUUUUCCACAGUGCUAGGCCAGGACCCUCUCUUCAGCAGGCCAGAAUUCAUCGUCCACAGAUGUAUGGCAUGUUCUGAAGUAUUGUGUAUUACAUGGUUUUGAAUGGAAGUGAUGAGU